AAAAAAUUAUAAUUUUGAAUAAAAUACAAAUGAUAGUAUUAGUGAAGUCGGCGAAGGGGGAUUUAUCUUUAAACACAUUGUAAUUGUUAUUGUUGCGUAUCCGUUGGCAGCAAGAAACAGAAACACAGAGUGAGUCCAAGAUCGCUUUAGAGGAACGCUUGAAGAAACCACUGAACAUUGAUAUUAAUUAUCAAAUAUUCGAGUUUCUUCUUCCUGCAUUCAAAAUUCGUCACCAAGAUUGCAAUUUUCUUAUCAUCUUCGAGCGUUCAUCUCUGUUAGAUUAUCACGGUUUGUUUGAAGUCUGUUCUCUCGUGGAAGAAAUUGUCGAUCUCUCUGUUAUCCAACUCUUUGUCGCGUUUCUUUCAGAAUUUCUAUAUCUGUUGGGUCUCUGUUCUCUACUAGAAGAAAUCGUCGAUCAUUGAUUCAGGUAAGUUCUCGUUCUUUGUUAUCCAAGUUUCUGCUUCAAGCAUUCAUCACCAAGAUUCCAAUUCGUUAUUGGGGUUCUUGCAGAAACUUCUUCGAACAUUCAUAUCUGUUAAGUUUUCACGUCGUUGGGUCUCUCUGUUAAUCUGCUAGAAGAAAUCUUCGAUCAUUGAUUCAUGUAAGUUCUCGUUCUCUCAUAAUCAAGUUUCUUCUUCUUCAGCAUAUAUUCGUCUCUGUUACACUUUCACACCGUUUCUACUGCUAGAAGAAAUCAUAUUCAUUACCAUGAUUCCAAUUCUUUUACUGGGUUUUCUUUUAGAAUAAUAGAUCACUGUUUGUUUUUAGAGAUCGAGUUUGAUGAAUUUGGUUUCUCGUUUCUUGGAUCAGAAGCAAAAAUGUCAGAGGUGUUAACACGCGGGUUUCGAUUUCGCCCAGCUGAUGAAGAAGUGACAGACUACCUUAUGCGGAAGACACAAUCGCCGGAGUUCAGCUGCUUUAUCAAAACCAUAGACUUGUACGACAAGGAUCCGUGGGUACUUGGGCAUGUGAGAGAUCCGUGUUACAAUCACUAUGAAUGGUAUUACUUUGUUAAGAAAAACCCCCUCGGGAAUGAGUACUUAGAUAAGCCUAGAUUGAACGGGUUUGAACAUCCACGCUUGAAAUGGGAUGUGUUGAAGCAGAUACAUGAUGCUCUGAGUUCUGGUCAGAACGUCCCACCAAGUGUCUUUACUUACGGAUUCCGAUUUCAUCCGACUGAUCAAGAGCUACUCUCUUUGUACCUCACUCCAAAGGCCCAUUCACCAGACUUCAGCUGCUUCAUAAGAGAGAGAGAGAGCUAUAUGCCAUGGAGCCAUGGCUUCUUGAACAUGUUAGAUCUCCUUUUUACAAGGACAGUGAAUGGUACUACUUUGUGA